CUGUCGUCAUCUUUAUCUUCCCCUCCCCGUAAGAACUAAUUCGCUCUUUUCUCUUUCAAACUACAGUUUCGAAGUACAAUCCAGAGGAUCAACCACACCAAGAAAGGAAUUAGAACAAAAAAUAAAAAAAAUAAAAACAGAGGAAGAAGACGAAGAGGAAACAUGAGAAAGGAGCAGCAACCACCUCUUCAUACCCUGAUCCUCCACCACCGCCGGCACUUCCCCGCUUUGACCGGUAAUAAAUUCACCAAACCCACAGCCAUUGUUCUUCUCCUCCUCUUCUCCUACGCCUUGGGCUAUCUCUCCGCCCCAUCCUCCAACUCUCUACACUCUCCGAGUCCAAGCCCAAUCCCAGUUAUCGACCGAACCGUGGCCGCUGAAAACACCACCGCCAUCUCCGCCGAUGGCGACCACUACCAUUUCACCACUCAGUGCGCCGACCCAAUUCCUCCCAACCUCGUCCGGCAUACAAUCCUCGAAAAGGUCUUCAAUGGCACGUCCCCGUACGAAAACUUCCCCCCGGCGCACGCUAGCGGCCUCCUCCGGCCGAAGCGAAUCAAAGGCUGGGGCUCAAAAGGCGCCGUUUUCGAGAACCUAAUCCGGAGAGUCCAACCCAAGACCAUAAUUGAGGUCGGCACGUUCCUGGGGGCGUCGGCGAUUCACAUGGCCGGGUUGGCGAGUCGACUCGGACUGGAAACUCAGAUUCUCUGCGUCGAUGAUUUCCGGGGCUGGCCCGGUUUCCAUGAGCGGUUCCGGGACAUGAAGAUGGUGAACGGCGACGUGACGCUCCUUUACCAAUUCAUGCAGAACGUUGUGCACGUAAACGCCACCGGGUCUGUCCUAUUCGUUCCGUGCUCAACCGGGUCGGCGCUGGAGAAGCUGUGUGAAUGGGGCGUGUUCGGGGAGUUAGUCGAGAUAGAUGCGGGUCAUGAUUUUCACUCGGCCUGGACCGACAUAAACCGGGCCUACAAACUCCUGAGACCCGGCGGAGUGAUUUUUGGGCACGACUACUUUGCCGCGGCUGACAACAAGGGUGUGAGGAGAGCUGUAAAUUUGUUUGCCAAGGUCAAUGGACUUCGGGUUCAAGUGGACGGCCAACACUGGGUCAUCGGGAGACAGUAAAUGGAGUUGGGUGAAGAGGUAAUUUAAGGUGGGUUAUUGGGUUCUUCGCUUGUAGCUGUAUCCAUCCUUAAAUUGAAUACAGAAUAUGUAUUAAUGUUAAUGUCCCAAUUUGUAAUGUUGUUCCAUGUAAUCAAAUACAAAAUAGCAUUGAGAAAUAAAAAACUGAAUAUUUUUCAUUCAA